GUGGAGGGGAGGUAGGGAGGAAGGUAGAAGGGAGGGAGAGAGAGGAAGGGAGAGGGAGGGAGAGAAAGGGAGGCUCAGUGACGCCGCCGCCGCCGCCGCCACGCCAGUCGACACACCGCCGCUCCUUUACUCUUUUACAUGUUGGUGAAGAAACGAAGGCAUGAUGGCGUCAGAUGGCAUGCUGUCCCUCUCCUGGAACAACCACAAAGCCACCUUUUGCCACAUACUCUCCACCCUAAGAGAAAAGGAAAGAUACACAGAUGUGACGUUAGCCUGUGAGGGCAAGUUUUACCCAGUGCACAAACUCGUGUUAUCGACUUGCAGUGAGUAUUUUGAAAAGAUGUUUGAGCACACACCUUGCAAGCACCCAGUGGUGGUCCUCAAAGACAUAAAGUGUUCCGACAUUGAGGCUCUGCUCAGCUACAUGUAUGAUGGCGUGGUGAGCGUGCUGCAGCAGGACUUGGCACGGCUCAUAAAGGCCGCCGAGCUGCUCCAGAUCAAGGGCCUCGCAGUACCUGAUGAACCCCCCAUGAAGGAGCAGCCCACCAAGAAGAACGCGUACCCCUGGAGCUCCCGGGAUGACCGCAGCAGCCCACAUCCCAAACGUAGGCGGAGAGAAGAGAUGAUGACUUCCACUCCUCAGGGAAGCUCAUUGCCACCCCCUGACAGCCCCCCCACCUCGCCUCAGCACCACCAAGAGUCCAAUCAAAGCUGGGACCCCUCCAAGGCCCACAGUCAAGACCAAAGAGAGGAUGAGGUGGAGCAGCGGCUUGGGGAACACGUAGAGCCAGCGGUGGAGUUCAGUUCGCCCAAACAGGAAGCCUCGCACAAUCAGGAGCAAGUGGAUGAAUCUCUAGUCAAAGAAGAAGUUAUUGAGGGUUCAGAAGACAACCAGGGAGAGGGCAUGGACUCCAGGAUAGAGUACGGGGGCAUGGGCGGCGGGGACUCCAGUGCAGGGGGGGAUGAGCAGGGUGGCAAGUACUCCCACCAGCUGGAUACCAAGCACGGUGCACAACCCCUACACGAGGCGGUGGUGGAGGCGCUGGCGGGACCCUCGGGCAUGCAGGGGUGGCUGGGGACAGGGGAACUUGGUGGUGGCUUCUCCAUGUUGGAAGGCUACAGUGAAGAUGGGGGCCAGGAGGCUCACCAAACGUCAGGUCCCCACAGCACACAGCAGUCCCAUCAGAUGGUGUGGCAGACUUAUGACACUCAAAUAGCUGAGCAGCUAGGACCCCCAGGCUUUGAGAAGAGCAACUCCAACAUCAGAGUGGAAAAGUAUCAGUGCCCUGAGUGCAGCUACACCUGCUCAAAGCCUUCCCAUUUCACAAAGCAUUACCGCACCCACACUGGUGAGAAGCCGUUCUCGUGCUCCGAGUGCCCGUACCAGACCAGCGACAAGUCAAACCUAACCAAACACAUUCGGAUCCACUCAGGAGAAAGGCCUUUCUCUUGUUCCUAUUGUUCCUUUGCCUCCAACAGGAAAGACAGACUUCUUGCUCAUGAGAGAAGUCAACACUGAGUGGUCAAUCUGUAUCAAGUUAUUUGAUCAAUUAAAAUGGUAGUGAAAUAAGUUCUGUGAUACAAGUGACAACAGUAAUCAGUUAACACCUCUGGUGUUUGGUAAUUUAAGAAGGAACAUUUUUAAAUGUUAGUGUGUUCAAAGUGAUUUUUUUUUUAAUGUUCUAUUUGACAGCAUAUAUGGCACAGAGGCAUAUAAAAUGCAUUUCAGUUAUGGCUGGCCUGUUCUUGAAAAGCUGAAGAGCAUGGUUUUGAUUGACAUUUGUAGCCCUUCCUGCUAUCUGGUCAUUUUAUUGCUUUGUGAAGAAGACACUGGCCCUUACCCUAUAAACAUUAUAUACAAUAAAAAUUGGUGCAUUGUGGUAAUACAAGUACUAUAUGGCACAGGAACUACACUGGUUCUGCUUAAAAAGUUGUCAAGAAAAUAAGCAUAGCACGGACAGGGAUGUCAUCAGAAGGGUGCGAGUUGUAGGGCAAAGUUACGGUGGUUAAAAGUUUCAUCGUUCUUUUGUCACCAUCAUUCCACAUGGUAUUUUUGGUUUUGAUAGUUUAGUACAUAAAAUUAUUUAAGACAUGAGGCAGUGGAAGAAUAUAAGGUUUUUCAUAAUAAAAAAUAUCACACCGUUAUAUAUUGUUAGACAAAGAACAAGUACCAGUGCAUUUGGUCGACACGUUUGGUGAAGCGUUGUGAGCCUGACAACAUAUUAAUGCACACUCUUAAACACACAGAGUAAUCAUGGCCAACUCUACAAGUCUUGAAUGAUUAUGUGCAGCCCAUAGCGCCGGUAAGCUAUCUUGAGGGGCUUGGUAGUCAGUUUGGAGAAUUAGUGGUACAAAAGAGAGUGGUUGCCAUGAUACAUGACUCUUGCUUGGCCUAUGCUGUCCCCAGUGCUUGUUGUGACCAGUCGGUGACGCAUAGGUUGAUUAAAGAACAGAGUUUGUGAGUAUUCUUUGAAAAUUGCCAGCUGGUUGCAUCAGGGCUCAAACCCAGGCCUCUGCGAUCAUCACACCAGCACACUUGCCACUCGCCCACUGCCUCCCUACUGAUUUACAUUUAUAAGUUAGAAAACAGUUACCAUUACGUUAAAGGAAUCGGAGAAGCAAUGCUGUAAGGUGAUGCAACACCAAGCCAUUGUUUCCAGGCAAUCCUCAACCCUAACCAUGAGCAUGUAAGGUUCAGGGCAACUUUCCAAGACAAAUUUAAGGGAAAACCGUGUGCUUUAUAUGCCGGCAAAUAUGAUUCAUGUGAUUCAGAAUGAUUUUUUGAUGCUUACACUCAACUGCCAUGUGACCUGAUUCUUGUACUUAUUUAGUGAUAAGGUUUUCAGUGUUGGUGUACCAUCUGCAGCAGUGUUGUGAGACUCAUGCAUGUUUUCUCUUGACCCUUUCCAUCUGUGACGCAGACGUCGGCGUCACAGUAGUAUGGAAAGGGACAAGAGGAAAUGGAAGAGGAUUAAUCCUCUUCUAAACCUCUCAAUUCUUCUUAAUACUCUUCCAUUUCCUCUUAGGAGGUUUAGAAGAUGAUAAAGAGGAAAUGGAAGAGGAUUAAGAGGUUUAGAAGAGGACUAACCCUUUCCAUAUGGUAACGCCGUCGGACGCCGACAUCGGCAUCGCCGAAGUGAAGGGGUUAACCAGUCGGUCACUUCUUUUUUGAUUUAUGAAAUUUCUGACAUGUUUAGUCAUUAUUUAUUUUUCUAUUUGAUUUCCAUUUAGUAAGUGUCUCUCAUACCUUCAUUGACACUAUUACACACAUUAGUUUAUAUUAUCAACCUAUAUUACUUCCUCUUUUCUCUCCUAUCUUCCAGCCUACUCUCUACUCAUUUUUGGUCUCUGUGCGCAAGGCAACGUCAUCAGUAUAUAUAGCAAGCACCUGGGGGCUCUUCUCAUGCCUGAUGUAUUGUUACAUUCAUAAUUAUAUCAAACAAGAAAUUAAGGGCUUAGAGCAGACCCCUGGUGUAUUCAGCAGCUAACUUCAAGCCCGUCAGUUGCUCCCAGGCGAGUUCUUUCUCUGGUCAUCAUAUUUUUAUACAUUUCUCUUAUCAGUCUUAUGUAUUUUACUGGUGCCAUCAAAGUGCCAAAGUUUACCAUGUGAUGAAUUAUAUGUUAAGUUUUGAUUUAUUCUUUAGUGAUGGUUACCCUUAAUACUCAAUCUAAAUAUCAUUAACACAUUUUAUUUUUGGGAGAAAUUACACUAUGGAAGGUGCGAACCAGUUUCCAUAGACGACGCCCGUGUGGAACUUUAUCAAAGAUUUCCAGGUUCAGACAGACACAGUCCACCCGGCCUUCUCUCUCCUCUAACACAUCAAUUGCUCUUGUAUAAAGACUUAGUAGGCUAAAUGCAUGAUCUCCCUCCCCUGAAUCCAAGCUAAGUUUUGUGAAGACACCUAACUCAAAUAUUUAAUUUGUCUUUAAUUUUAGUCUCCACAAUUUGGCUAUUAAACUCAUUAGUAACACUUGUCUAGUUCAUUGGCUCUUAUUUGUUUUCUCCUUUGCAUAUUGGCACUAGGUUGGCACACAUCCAAUCAAGUGGCACUUUGCUUCCUCCCAGUGAGCUCAUAACAGAUAUCUGUAUCUUACCUACUAUUAUAGUUAAUUCUUAUACUCUUUUUAUAUCCAAUCUGAUAUUCCACCAGGGUCUGGAACGUUCCUUACAUCUUAUUUUUCUAAAAGAUUCACUUAAUGUACUUCCACUUCAGUGUCACUCAGUACUCCCUUAUUUCCUAUCAAGUCAUUCCACUGGGAAAACUUGUUAAUUACAUUUGUUCACAAUUUUUGCCUGUUCCUUUGCCUUCUCAUACACUUCUCCUUUGCUCUUCAAUUUAUUGAUCCCUACUUUGUUUCAUUUUACCAUCAACAUAUCUGUAGAAAAGUUUGGGUUCUUUACAUUUCUCUGUAAUGUUUUUUCAAGAGAGGGAGAAUGAACAGCUAGGUGGGCUAUGUGCAGACUGCCCCGACCAGGACAUUAAUCCAAAUCUGCUGAUUCAUGUCUAGGCAUGCUAACCACUGAACCACAGAGCUGCAAAUAAGAGCUAAAGAUGAGUAAGAAAAAGACUUAAGUGCUCAAACCAUAGAAAUGGUCAUCCAAGAGGUACUUCUAGAAACAGUGGAUGAAUGUGCAUUCUUAGGACAACUGUUACAAACAAAUCCCUCACUAGAACCGGAAAUAAAGGUGUGUAAGAUAGGGCUAGAGUGCUUUUGGAAAACAGUGCAGCAUAAUGAGGGGCUCCCAACUGUUGUGUUUGUAGCAAAGGGCUUUCACUCCACAUCAUGAAAUAUGGAUCAAAGAAAUGGACAUUGACUAAAGAAAACUAAGAAGAGGGAUGGAGAGAUCAAUGUUGGGUGUCAAAAUAACGGUGGAAAGAACUGCAAAUGAGCAAGAGAACAAACAAAAUAGAUGACCUUAGAAAAUCAAGAAAUGGCAAUGGUCAGGAUACAUUUAUGAAGGAGAGAGGACAACAUAUGGGUAAAAAGUGACAAAUAGGAAGUAAUUUAUGUAACAAAAACCUAGGGAGAGGCCAUUCAGCAGAUGAUGUGAUGAUUGAUAUACAUACAUGUAUAUUAAAUGUUUACCUCAGGUUGUUUCAUACAUAAUAAAACUUAAAACUUAAA